UGUUCUCUGGUUCCCCUUUGUCCCCCCACUCCCCGCCCAGGCCUGGCCUGCCUGCCUGGCUGCUCUCCCCUCCUCAGCCUGGCUGGCAGGAGCCUGGGACUCUGCCUGUGGAGCUAGGGCCUGCAGACCCACCGGCUUAGGAGCACCCCUCAAGCUCAGGGUCACCGUGGAGGCACCAGGCCACCAUGCUCAGCCUCAAGCUGCCCCAACUCCUGCAAGUCCACCAGGUCCCCCGGGUGUUCUGGGAAGAUGGCAUCAUGUCUGGCUACCGCCACCCCACCAGUUCAGCCUUGGACUGUGUCCUCAGCUCCUUCCAGAUGACCAACGAGACGGUCAACAUCUGGACUCACUUCCUACCCACCUGGUACUUCCUGUGGCGCCUCCUGGCACUGGCCGGUGGCCCGGCCUUCCGCGAGGAGCCCUACCACUGGCCGCUGCUCAUCUUCCUGCUGCCUGCCUGUCUCUACCCCUUCGCUUCGUGCUGUGCGCACACCUUCAGCUCCAUGUCGCCGCGCGCACGGCACAUCUGCUACUUCCUGGACUACGGCGCGCUCAGCCUGUACAGCCUGGGCUGCGCCUUCCCCUAUGCCGCCUACUCCAUGCCGGCCUCCUGGCUGCACAGCCGCCUGCACCAGCUCUUUGUGCCCACCGCCGCACUCAAUUCCUUCCUGUGUACCAGCCUCUCCUGCUACUCCCGGUUCCCCGAGCUCGAGAGUCCUGGGCUCAGUAAGGCCCUCCGCACUGCAGCCUUCGCCUACCCUUUCCUGUUCGACAACCUCCCGCUGUUCUAUCGACUCGGGCUGUGCUGGGGCCGGGGCCAUGACUGUGGGCAGGAGGUGCUGAGCUCCAGUCAUAUCUACCACCUCUUCUGCGCACUGCUCACUGGUUUCCUCUUCACUUCCCACCUCCCUGAGCGCCUGGCACCAGGACGCUUUGACUACAUUGGCCACAGCCACCAGCUGUUCCAUAUCUGUGCUGUGCUGGGCACCCACUUCCAGUUGGAGGCCGUGCUGGCUGACAUGGGGUCACGGCGAGCCUGGCUGGCUAUGCAGGAACCCACCCUAGGCCUGGUGGGCAUGGUGGUUACUGUCAGCCUGGCAGUAGCUGGGAACCUACUCAUUGUUGCCAUCUUCACAGCCUCCCUGCUUUGGGCCCCUGGGUCCUGCCCCUUGUUGCAGGGUGGCCCAACAGAGGGGGGCACCAGGGCCAAACAACAGUGA